UAGGGAAGGAAAUAGUAAAUACUUGCAAAACAAAAAAAACCCACAUAGGAGGCUACGAAUUAAGACCAAGUAAAACAGAGUAAAAAUAAACCACACGCCUCUAACCCUCUGGCUAUGCACUAAGCUUGACCUUCCUCCUUGAUCUUUCUCCACAACAAACAUUUCCGUUGAUGAUUGAUGAUGGAUGCCAAACAACCACACAUCUCCUUCGUUUCGCAACUCCCAACAAGCCAAGCCACUAGUAAGAGCAUAGUUGUCGUCGUUUGGAGAUGGGUGCCUCAGGAGCCUUGCCGACCACUUGUCACGCCAUGCACUACAGGACAGACUACAUUUUUUUUCAUUUCCACACAUAUAUAAUCCUUAGCUAUAGUCAGGGUCAGGCUCAAGGUUUUCGACAAAGUGAGGACAAUGUAAGCGCAAUUAUCGAGUUUACGGUCAUCACCUACACAAAAAUAACCUCAAGUCAUUACUAGUUUUGACAUGCCUGGAUAUAGAUACAUACUUCCUCUGUCCCAAAUUAUCUAUCGUUUUAGAUUUCCAUGCCGCAAGUUUGACUCGAUUUGUGUAGAAAAUAAAUGCAACAUUUGUAUCUCCAAAUAAAUUUAUUAAAAAAACUAGAUUAAAUGUUCCAAUGAUACCAACUAUGUACCGUAAAUAUUAAUAUUUUUUAAUUGUCAAAGUUAUUUUUAGAAAACUCAGACGAUAGAUAUUUUGGGACGGAGGGAGUAGAUGAUAGAUCACACACUAGCUAAUUACCAUCAUACAUAUGGUUAUUAGUUACCUCUCUUCCUUCACUUUCUACAAAAGAAAUAAUGAUGUUGAACGUCGAACAUGACAUGUGGAGGAGCUGCGCAGGUACACACAUUGUAUAUGAGUGUGAUGUUGAUUACCACCACCCAACCGUGAUCUCUGUGUGGCAAUAAUAUAAUCAUCUCUUCACCCUCCUCCUUUUGGUGUUUGGGCACCAAAAUAAACUUGCUUGUCGUCUUCCCUUCUCCCUGUUCUCUCUUCCUCUCAUGGGGGGGUCAUGGCGCGCGGGCCCCACCGCCUAGCGCUGCUGCACGCAGUUCGCCCCCUUCAAUAAUGCAGCGUCAGAAUUAGGACAUGGUGGGCUUGCCAUUUCUGAUUUCUGCCUCCGAUCCUGUCACAAUAAUAUCCCUCCAUCUCCAUUCACCAUCCUAGCUCCUCGCUUCAUCCUUGCUUCUUGCUAGCUGCCCAUGGCGUCUCCUACCUAGCUAGCUACCAGCUAGUAGUCCUAUCCUACCUGCUAGUGUUACUAUAUAGUAGUACGAGUACCUCCUCCUUCUCCUUCACCAAUCACACACCCACAGCAAGCUACCUACCUACCUACCUAGAGAUCGAGCUCAGCUCCGUCCUCAGCUCACUCGCCCGGCCAUGGAAGCUCAGCUCAGCUCAGCUAGCUAGAAGAAAGAGAGAGAGAGAGAGAGAGAGACAGCCUUAUUAGAUAAAAGACGAACGAAGCUUGAUCUUCUUCCUUUCCUUUUUUCGUUUCUUGAACCCUUGGCAUGCUCUUGCUGCCUUGCUCUCUGUAAUUUCUGCUUUUCAAUAAAAUUUCAGUAGGAAUACCAGUACUCCUCCUGUUUCCUCAAAAAAAAGCUUGAUCCCCGUAGCUUAGCUCGACGAUCCCCGACGGACCGACGUCGUCGAUCCCAAUGGAGGCGCCACCGCCACCUCCGUUUGUCACCGAGGACGACGGCGGCGGCUACGUCGUCGUGGACCUGUCCCUGACGCUGGGCCAGGCAUCGCCGCCACCCUCCUCGUCCUCCCACGACCACGCAACAACCGCCGCCGCCGCUAGUUCUAGCUCCGACGGCGCAGCCGGCGGCGGCGGCGGCGGCGGCAGCAGGGCCAGCGGCGGCGGCGUGAGGCUGUUCCCGUGUCUCUUCUGCAACAAGAAGUUCCUCAAGUCGCAGGCGCUCGGGGGCCACCAGAACGCGCACAAGAAGGAGAGGAGCAUCGGGUGGAACGCCCACCUCUACCUCCCGGCUGCCGCGGAGACGACAACGGCGGCCGCCGCCGACGCUCAUCCCGCCAUGGCUGCUACGCCCAUCAGCAGCCUCGGGCCGUCGCCGCCGCCGCCGCCGGCGCUGCCCAUUAUCCAGGCUGUCUCCCACUCGUGCCGCCCCCACGAGUACACUAGCAGCCACCACCAGCGAGCGCAGCUGGACGGCGGCGCGGCGGCGGCGCCAUUGGAGACGACGGCGUGGUGGUACGCCGAUCAGGAGAAGCAGAGGCAUGUUGACCUCAAUCUCAAGCUCUAGCUAGCAGUCUAUCUAGCUACGUGUAAUAUAUACUGUACGUGCUGUUGCUCAUGCUGAAUAUAUUAUUAUUAUAUAUGAUGCAUGAGGUAGUAUUAUUAUACAUAUGUUUUUGUACUUUUGCUUUCUUUUUCAGCCCUUUUUUUGUUUUUUCUAUUUAUAGAAAACUAGUGUGUAAAAAAGUACGUACGUACUGCUACCGAUUGUGCAACGGUUUGUUAUUGAAAAUUGUUGUCAAGCUGUUGUCCAGGCCUUGUUUAGUUCCAAAUU